CGAUGUGAAUGCUUAAAGUUGGAUGGAAAAGGAUGCAACUGCGUGAAUGAAGAUGACGAGGAAGUCUCUAGCGAAUGUGAAGGAUUCUAUCAAGAUAGCAGUUCUCAAACGGAAUUGAUGCACGCUCCGCCUUCGACUUCUCAAGGGUUGGUCUAUCAACUGUCAGAUUCGCCUGCAUAUAUGCAUGCAUCUCAAAUACUCGAUUUAAGUCCAAGAAACUUUCUCUUCGCAAGAGAUAAUCUUCCAAAAGAUCAAGAGUAUCGAGAAAUACGGAAUCCAUACGUGCUGGUGAUAAACAUUGUAAACUUUAUCAAGAACCCAGGACCAAGGAAUGGGGCUAAACACGAUCAAGAUAACGUGGAGAGGUUUGUCAGAGAAGCUGGUUUCAGCAAUGUUCUGUGGCAUUUUGACCUGGAAAAACAAGAAAUGCUGAAAAUUCUUGAAGAAACCCGAAAAAAUGCAGAUUUGGUUGAAAAUGACAGUUUUAUCUGCAUUAUUAUGAGCCAUGGCAACGAAGAAGGUAUUUUAUGCAGCGAUCAUGAAACUAUUUCAGUGGAGAACAUAAUGGAGAAAUUCCAGGGAAAUAAUGAUGCUUGUCCUCAGCUUGCAACAAAACCAAAAUUGUUCUUUGUUCAAGCAUGCAGAGGAGAAAUUGAUGACAAAGGGUACUUUGCACCAAGAGGGCCAAAAGAAGUUUAUCCUGAUACAUCUGACAACAAUGAGAUGCCUGUAAAACUUCCCUCCGAUGCAGAUUUUUUGAUCGCCUAUUCUACCACCAAAGGCACAAUCUCUCACAGACGCUUCACAGUUGACAGGAGAGAUGCUGAAACACAUAAGGAAAGUCUGGGUUCUUGGUUCAUCUCUUGCUUGGUACAGGUUCUACAAGAAAAUUCGCACGUUGACGACUUAAUGACAAUGCUGACUAAAGUGAAUCAAGAAAUGAUCAAAUAUAGGACAGAUGGUGGAAGCAAACAGAUUCCAUGCCAUCUCACCAUGCUCACGAGAAAAGUCUACUUUGCAAAUUUCUUUGAUAAGAACCGGCCUCAAACUUGCCCUUGAACCAGAGACAUCUGAAUAGUAAUUACUUCUUUUAGUUGCGAUAAACUUUCUAGUAAAUGGACAUGUUUUAGCUAAUAGCGUUGUCAUAUCAGUUCAUCUAUUGGCUGGGAGGACUUACAUUUAGAAGUAGAACAAACUGCAAAUAACCCCCACCCUCUCCCGCUCAGUAGCUAGGACUUCUCAUCCAAAAAUAACGCUUUUGUACUAGUUUUGAAAGGUGGUUCAUGGAAUAAAAUAGUAAAAUAUUUUCCUCAGACAUAGAUAAUACGUUGCCUAUCCAGAGUAAGUAGUCCAAGCAGUUGCGAUACUGAUAUUUUUAUUUAACCAAGGGUAAAUACUAAAACUGUAACUUGAUAAGUUUGAAUUUUACAUGUACAGUUGUUAAUAAAGGUUUACU